UCCUAGAACAUCUUCAGCCUGGGACUCACCUGCCCUUUUGUUCUGCACCACACUCUGGCCCCAGUGGCACUUGUGGCCUGAACCAGAGGCAAGCUGAACAGAGAAAUACUCUAAAAUAUCAUGAAUUAUGGAGCAGGUGCUCCCGCAGCCUCUCAUGGCCUUGGGGCAGCUUCCCUGGAGAGCUGGCAGGAGGUUGGAUCCGUUGGGGCAGAUAUUUGUGUGGGAAUGUUCAGCAUCACCUGUUGGUGCCUUGGGCUGUGUCUGCAGAUGCCAUGGGAAGUUCUCUCAUUCACUGAGAAAGUUUCUCUUUGCAGACCCUGCCCUCGUGAAGCCCUCACAGGUGGGGGCAGGAUUGGGAUGCACUCGCAGCCAGUGGGGAACACAAAUCUAGUGCAGGAUCCAGAUCUGGUGGCAGUGUCCACCUUUUGGUGGAUCCUUUAGGAUCAGGAACAGUGAGAAGUUCUGGGGCUGAGUCCCUGCUCUCAGUCUGCACACUGGCCCCAUCCCAGGGGCUGGAGGGUUAAACUGGGAGGGUUCAGCACCUCACGGCGGGAUGCCAAGCCCAGAUUAACCAGUUGAAGACGUCACUUUCCAUUAUGGGAAAGGCGCCCAAAUAUCCCUGAAGCUUUUGGUUCUGGGGAUUAACCACCAGCACACUCGGCUCCUGGCACAGAGCAGGGGUCCGCUGGCGUCGCGGGGCCCGUGGCCAUGAGCGGGGCUGGGAGCUGCUCCCAGGGGCAUCAUCUGGGCGGCUGAGGACGACCAUGUGGGAGUGGGUCAGAAGAGCUGUGCUGCACUCGCUGUCCACAGCCCUCCUGCGCCUCUGGAAGUGGGUACGGGCUUUCUGGUACAAAAAUGGCCUCUUGACUCUCUCAAUGCUAUCGGUUGUCACCGGAUGCCUCCUGGGCUUCCUGCUGCGGGCGCUGGAGCUGACAGACCUGGAGAAGCAGUAUUUUUCCUUUCCUGGAGAGCUCCUCAUGAGGAUGCUGAAGAUGCUGAUCCUGCCCUUGAUCACCUCCAGCCUCAUGUCUGGGCUGGCCACCAUGGACUCCAAGGCCUGCGGGAAGAUGGGGGUGAUCACCAUCACCUACUACCUUUGGACAACCUUCAUGGCAGUGACCGUGGGGAUCAUCCUCGUGGUCAGCAUCCAUCCUGGUGCAGCUGCCCAGAAGGACAACCACUCUGUGGGGAAAGUGGUGCUCAGCUCUGCUGACGCGCUACUGGAUUUAAUCAGAAACAUGUUUCCUUCUAACCUGGUUGAAGCUUCAUUCCAGCAGUACCGAACUGUUCUUGUCCCAGUGGUGAAGUCUCCUGGUUUUCCAAAGAUCCCAGGAAAACCUGUCAAUUUUAUUUACUUUGCACCUGAUGACAAAAACCCUGAAAUCCAUCGGCCUGUGUUCCUUGAGCUGACACCAUCACCUGAGAUGACCUACAGGACCCUGGCUGGGACCAGCAAUGAGAUGAACGUCCUGGGCAUUGUCAUCUUCUCAGCAACCAUAGUUUAUCCCCUCCAGGAAAUAACUCCUCCAGCAUUGAGCAGCAGUGAAGUUUAUCUGUUUUCUGUGCAAGGAACAGUCCAAAUCCUGGAUUUGGGUCUGGUGGGGCUUUGUGAGAAAAGGCCAGAUGCUUGUGUUUGCUUGGAACAGAGAAUGGCUCUGACUGGACUUCUCCUGGGAAAAAUGGGCGAGCGAGGAGCCCCGCUGGUUAACGUGUGCCAGUGUCUCAAUGAAGCAGUUAUGAAAAUUGUCUCAAUGGCCGUUUGGUACUUCCCCUUUGGCAUUGUAUUUCUCAUAGCUGGAAAGAUCUUGGAGAUGGAAGAUCCAUCGGUUAUUGGACAGAAGCUGGGACUGUAUGUCAUUACAGUGGUGUCAGGGCUUGCCUUGCACGGAAUCAUCCUCUUACCUUUGCUUUUUGUGCUCAUCACCAAGAAAAACCCCUUUGCUUUCAUUCAGGGGAUACUGCAAGCCUUGCUGAUCGCCUUAGCUACAUCCUCCAGCUCAGCCACCCUGCCCAUCACCCUCAAGUGUCUCCUGGAGAACAACGGCAUUGACAGACGCGUGGCGCGCUUCGUGCUCCCCGUUGGGGCCACCAUCAACAUGGAUGGCACUGCGCUCUACGAGGCCGUCGCUGCCAUCUUCAUCGCCCAGGUCAAUGAGUAUGAACUGGAUUUGGGACAAAUUAUAACUAUCAGCAUCACGGCCUCGGCAGCCAGCAUUGGGGCCGCUGGGAUCCCACAGUCCGGGCUUGUCACCAUGGUCAUCGUGCUCACGUCCGUGGGGCUGCCCACCGAGGACAUCACCCUCAUCAUCGCCGUCGACUGGGCUCUGGACCGACUGCGAACGAUGACCAACGUCCUCGGUGAUGCCCUGGCUGCUGGCAUCAUAGCUCACGUCUGCGAGAAGGACUUUGCCCCAAAGCCCCCCCUGGUACGUGCGGCAUGGUGGGAGGGCAGGGGGUCGUGGGACACGGCAGGACAGGCACAAGGCACCUGCUCACUCCAGAAAUUAAAACUCUGCUCUUUGCUUUUUGCAGCAAAACCCGGUGAGCAAUACAGACAAGUUUCCUUCUGCAGAGACCUCACACCUGCAUCCCAAAGACAAUGGGAUUGAAAUGACUGAAGAAACCAUGUUGGAUCAGACAGGAGUUCACUAUAACAUCUGCCAGGUGUAGAUAACAGCAUUCCUGCUCCCAGAAAUGGCAUCUUGGUGCUAAACACUGGCAUUGUGAGUGUCACAUAUGGAUGCUCUGCAAGAUAAAGGCCUUACUUGGCACAAAAAGUGGGAAAAUCCUCUCUUACCCUUUGAAGACCGUGGGAUUCCCACCAGGCACCCAAAGAGCAUGGCUCUGCCACUGCGGCAGGGAGCCAGCUCUUCCCUGCACCUGAGGACACAGCUGGAAGCUCACUGUCCUGUCUUAAAUGGCUGGGUUUGAAGGAUUUAUAACUCCCAUUUUUCCAAGCUCACCAAUUUUUGAAAGCUAGGGAGGUGAGCAGGUGUCAGCAGACUGGAUUUGGUGAGAAUGCAGUAGGGAUGGGACAUAACACUGAACCCUCUGGCCAGCAGCUCUUCCCUGGAGGCCAGGCUGUGCUCCAGAAGCUUUUGUUUUCCUUAUUAUAGAGAUUAUUUUUUUAAUCAAUGCUUUUUAUUUUACUACUGGGUUCUGAUAUAAAAACUAAGAUUAAAUGAAUUUUUGUCUAGAGUUCAAAAUCCAAGUUGGACAUAACUGGAUUUGCCAGCUGUCAGGUUACAGACAGGACGGCUGAGCUGUUGCACUCUCAGGGACAGUGGGAUCCACUGGCUGGAAGGAAGGAAGGCCCAGCUGUACACCUGUUUCUACAGCUGUUUCAUUACAGAGAACUAAUUAACCAGGCCCAAUUGUAACUGUGUUGAUUUUCCCAGCUAAGGAUCUGUCCCCAAGCCCAAAUUCCAAUUACAGCCUUAAAAUCCAGGCUUCCCAGGGCAGCCUUCUACACAAAAGCCUUUUAUGCCAACAAUUCAUGUCAGUGAAUUCAUUUGUCUCUCAAAAUGUCAACUCAUCCCUUUUCUCCUUCUUGAUCUUUCCUGACAUAGAAUUGGGAAUCGUAACACAGCUCAGACCCCCACUCACAUCACUGAACUGUUCUCCAACUGUACAUAAAGAAAACAUUUUCUGUGCAGAAUUCUUUCCAGCUGAAGUCAGAGGUUGUAAAAAAUUUUCUAAUUUAGAAGAAAUAUUCAUUCCAGUUUUGCCAAAUGAAAAGCAGAAAUUAUUAAAUAUCAUAAACCAGCUUUUGCACAAAAAUUGUCUUCUUUUAACUUAAAAAAGUCUUCACAUAAUUAGAAUCCUGGGCAACAUAAGCUUGAGACACUGCUGCUAACUUUGGCCUUUUUCACCCUUUCUCCUUGGUGAGGUUAAUGAAUACUUAAACAUUACAGCCCAACUGCUCUUCAAGGAGCAGCUGCAUCAUUCGCAAACCCAAAAUAAUCACAUUUCAGAUGAACCUCUGCAGCUUCCCCCAGACAUCCCUCCCUCCUUCCCGCAUCAUUUAUGAUCACCUUGAUACAUCACACGCUGGUUCAGCAUCACUGGCUCUGAAGGGCUCAGUUGUUGUUCCUCUAGAGCAGGAGUGAGCUCAGCCACCCAAUCCCCCCGGGAGAUGCUGGUGAACACUGGGGAGGCUCCAGGCAGCCCCAGCUCUGGACAAGGACCCGUGCAUCCUGUCUGUCUGCAAGAUACCCAUACCCUGCAGACACAGCUGGAUGGACACCUCCAGUGCACCAGCUCCAACACAGCAAUUAAAGCAGGCAAGAUUGAUGAGACCUGUCUGGUCAGUCACUGGUGCAUGGGAGCACCCACAUCCCUCACUGGAUGAGUCCAGGCCAACCAGCACAGACACCAGCACAAGCAGCAGAGACGAGCCCCACUUUCAUAUCCAUUCUCCUCUCAUUAGUGAGCUCUGGAUAUUGAAGCACACAGUUAACCCUGCAACAAAAAGGCAAGAUAGAACAUCCACAGCAAAGGUCCUUGAGUGAGUGCUGGGGCUGUAGGAUGAGCCUCUGGACAGUCACUCCCAUCACUGGGCUAUGGCUGCUGCAGACCAGACCACCUUAUCCCCUGCCCCAGAAACUGCAAGUCAUACUAAAACAACUUAAGCAGCACAGCCUUGAGCUCACUGCAACAAAGAAAAAAUCAUUACUGAAAAACCUGAAUAUUAUAUCUCAGUAAUAAAUCUAGAGCUGGUGAAGCCAAUCCCACCCUGUACAACUCACCCCAGGAGCUGCAAGUCCUGUGCUUUAUCAAUCCCAGAAUGGCUGGCUUGGAAAGGAACUUAAAGCUCAUCUCCCAUGGGCAGGGACACCAUCCACUAGACCAGGCUGCUCCAAGCCCAGCUCAACCUGGCCUUGAAAGUGUUGGUAACAUCUCUUACUAUGUGGUGAGAUUCACACUAGCAGAGAUGCUUUGAUUUUGGAAAUCAGCAGGAAAUAUUUUGGUGCUAGUAAGGUUAAGUGUCAUGCUGGAGUCCACAUAGCCUUGUCCUUGUGACAAAUACAGCAAAGGAGACCUUUGAGUCCAGCAACCUCAUAAUUGGGCUGCCAUCACUGUGCCCCUCUAACAGGAUAAAACAAGGGGAAAAAUAAUUCAGGUGAUUCUGAAAAUCUCUUUGUGGUCUGGUGUAGAGGUAAGACAUGGUUAUUGACGUGGAACACCCAAGGCAGCAGGGACAAUCCAUCUUCAACACUGCACACAGGUGCAGGAGAGGCACCUGAACACUUCAACAGGGUAGAAAUUGCAGAAAAGUAAAUUAAGCAGAUUUAUGGGAAGGCCCAGCUGGUGAGGGGCCCACUGUCCCAGACAACACCUUUGGGAUGGCACCAUCCCAACACCACCCAUGUUUUCAACCAUCUGCUGCUGGGGAAACACUGACACCAGUGUUUAUCUGCUGCUCAGGGGGGAGCAGCAGCCUACCUGUGCCAGCCCUGAGAGCUGGUGGCACCCAUGGAACCCCAGAAUGCCAGCAGGACUUUUGCAGAGAGCAACAUGAACUCAUCAGGGGCAAGGAACAAGGGAUAUCUAGAAGAUGAGAAAGUAGCAGAGUCUGGACAAAGUCACUGGGCACCACCUGGAACAGUUUUAUUCUGUGCCAACUGUAUUCAGGAGACCAGGAUGGGAGGGAGGUGAAGUUCCACAUGUCCCACAUCAGGAAACCUGAGGUGUUUUGCUUGCAAACUGAAACCCAUCUAUACAGCCUCAAAAAAAGGUAAAAACAAGGGAGUUGGGGAACUGCCCAGGCUCCCCAGGGAAUGCUCCCGGCCCCAAGGCUGCCAGAGCUCCAGGAGCGUUUGGACAGCGCUGCCAGGGGGGCUCAGGCUGGGGUUGUUGGGGUGCCUGUGCAGGGACAGGGGCUGCACUGAUGAUCCCUGAGGGUCCCUUCCAGGCCAGGAUAUUCCAUGGUUCCAUAAUUAAAUUCUACUGACUGACACACCACACCUUCUAAGUCUUAUAAACUAUUUUCCCAGGCACCUGUAAGAAGAGGAGCCUCUCUCUGUUCCAGCACUGAAAAAUCUAACUCUGUGUUAUUUCCAUGCAAUUAGAGAACAGGCAGUGCAAGGCACACACCUUACAGCACAGAAAUCUGGUGUACAGAAAGUACACAAGCUCAAAACUGUAUUUCUUCCAUGGAAAUCCCCAUUUUCCUUACAAACAAAAAUCCCAGCUGCUAUGGUAAUAUAGGCAAUCCCUGGGUUAUGGCUGCUGUGUAUAAUAUUGUAAUAAAGUUGGAGAGCAAGUGGGUGAAGGAAUUUGGCUGUUAUACAAGUGUUAUUUUACUGAAAAAAUAAUUGAAGGAAAAAACCUUUGGUGGACUAAAAUCCAUGUGGAUGAUAUUUAUGGGGUCUGUGGUUAUUAAGCAAAAGGCAAAGUUGAAGCAGCCCUUGGCUUUGGGGCACUUCCCAGACAGAGGGACAGAAAACCCACAGUUGGCCACAUGAGCCUUGACUGGGGAAUGACAUUUCUGCAAUGGUAUUUGGGAAUUUGAGGAUGUGACUGGCCAUAAACAUUAAGCUUAAGUGAAUUUUCAUUCAACAGAAUGACUCGAGUGUAUACUUUAUUCAAAAGACAUUGGCUUGUUCCUACAAGCCCGUGGAUAAGUUGCCUCAAUCCUACAGACUGGUUCUUUUCUGUGCAUCAGCUGUCUUCCAGAGAAAAAAUUAUUUUUACAUAUCUGAAUUUAUAAAAUGAUGAGUUUUGAUCAGAGACUUUUGCUUUUAUAACAUUUUCACACCUUUUUAAGAUGUAUAAAUGGAGCUGGAAGGGCCCUGUCAGCAGAGCACUGCUGACAUCCUUCCUUUGGAUCACAAUGCGCCUCUGUUUGUGUUUUACUAAAACUGAAAAAAAUAACAAAAUAACUCAAUGCUGUAGCAUGUGGCAAAAUACAAUCCAAACGGAUGUGAAAACCAGCCCAAAACUCUCUUUUAAUUUAAAGUACUACCCACUUCAAAAUUAGUCUGCAAGUUUUCUAGAGUAAUUUUGAAAAGUGCCUUCCACAAAAAUUUUUGAAGGUAAUUAUUUAAAUCUAUUAAAACCCCAGGUUUCUCUGUAAAACCAGAUUUCCAAAGCAGCUCUGAAUGACAGAUAUGGCUCAAGUAAGUUUUUUUUUUACAAUCACAGCACAUAACCUCCACUAAAAGCUCCUCUAAGGAGUGAGUGCCUCCCUGGGGAUGUGUUUUCUGCCUCUCCUUUUCCAAUUCACUGUAUGCAUUUGUUUCCUUGACGAACUCCUAAUUUUGUGUGAUGUGAUAAUAAAACUUCCUAGAAGAUCUGAAAGAAUUAUUUCAGUCCCUCCUUCAGGCAGGUGCAGCUCAGUCCAUCACCCAGGGUUCCACACACCACAGCCCAGGUCAGGGCAGAAUGUGGUGCUACGAGAGCACAGCAAGGCACAUCAGGGCCUAUGUUCAUGGGACCAUUUGCAAACUGUAUAAGAG